ACUCUCCCUUUCAACGCCUCCUAUAACAAAAACCCUACUUCUUCUAUUUCUCUCUGCGCUUCUUCACUCUUUUGAAGCCUCAAACCGCAGCCGCUGUUUCUGCUCUGAGCUUGCUUUUGUGAGGAUGGUGAGAGUUAGUGUCUUGAAUGAUGCUCUUAAGAGCAUGUAUAAUGCAGAGAAGAGAGGGAAACGACAGGUCAUGAUCAGACCAUCUUCAAAAGUGAUUAUCAAGUUUCUUUUGGUCAUGCAGAAACAUGGUUACAUUGGAGAGUUUGAGUAUGUUGAUGAUCACAGAUCUGGAAAAAUUGUGGUGGAAUUGAAUGGAAGACUGAACAAAUGUGGGGUAAUCAGUCCUCGUUUUGAUGUCGGGGUCAAAGAGAUUGAGGGCUGGACUGCAAGGCUGCUUCCUUCAAGACAGUUUGGGUAUAUUGUGCUGACAACAUCUGCUGGCAUCAUGGAUCACGAAGAAGCUAGGAGAAAGAAUGUUGGUGGCAAAGUACUUGGUUUCUUUUAUUGAAGCAAAAGUGAGGAAACUUUUGGAAUUUUGCCUUACUACUGAGUAGUUUUUCCUUUUUGAGUGUUGGAAAUCAUAUGCUUAUUUGUAUUUUGGGAUGAUUUUAUGGUAUACCUUUUUGUUGAUUUAGUAUUGUGCUUAAAUGCAAGUUUGGGGUUUGGUUGCGUAAUGCGCUUUUAUCUAUUUGCAGUUGUUGUUUUGCCUAA